AUGCCAUACGUCCUACGAGGUCGCAGAGUCCUGAUUACUGGCGGCUCCAAGGGUCUAGGUGCAGCCAUCGCAAACGCCUUCGCACGUGAGGGUGCUUCAAUCGCUCUGAACUAUGUUGCAGAUGCUCGGGCCGCACAAGACUUUGCCGUCGAUCUCACUAAGCGCCACGGUAUCAAGGCUGUCGCUAUACAAGCCGUGGGUGACGUUGUGGACAUCUGUUCUGACACUGAUAUCGAACGGCUGGUCGCAACAGCCACCGUGGAACUGGGCGGUAUUGAUGUUGUUAUCGCAAAUGCUGCAUGGACCGAGUUCUCCGCUUUCGAUGACCUACGAGCGUUGAGUGACGAGAAAUGGAACAAAUGUUGGUCAGCCAACGUAAUGUCAAGUUUACGUCUCUUUCGAGAGGCCCAGCCGCACUUGACAGCAACUCCAGAGGGUGGUGUAUACCUCUACACAGCAUCAACAGCAGGGGUGUCGGUGUCAGGAAGCAGUAUGGCGUAUUCUGUAACAAAGGCGGCAGGGUUGCAACUCGUCAAGUGUCUGGCCCAGACUGAUGGACGCAUUCGGACUAACGCUGUGCUGCCUGGCCUCCUACUCACGGAGUGGGGCAAACGGUACUCUCCCGAGUUCGUGCAGAAAUGGCAAGCGGAUAACCCUCUGCAAAGAGUGCCUGAGCCCGAAGAGUGCGCCGAUAUUUUCGUUGCGCUCGCGAAAAACCUUUCGAUGACUGGGCAGCAGAUUCCCAUAGAAUGCGGGUGGCUUCUAACACACUCACAUUGA